AUGUUUGACGUUGAAGACGAAGAAGAGAAGAAGAGAGAAGACGACGACGAAAAGCAAGACAGCCGACUUCGACCUUUUUCUCCAGAAGAGGAAAAAGACGACGACGAAGAUGAGGACAAGCAAACAUCCAACGACUCGCUGGCACAACAGAGACGUCAGAGAAGCGGAGAGAGACAGAGAGACAGAGAGACAGAGAGACAGAGAGACAGAGAGAGACGGGAUAGCAGAGACAGAGACACGAUGACGGCGAUGGUAGCAACCUCAUUAGGCCGGGGUGGUUGGGUUUGA